UUUGUGAAACCAGAAAUGUGUAGAAUGUCCUUUGCUAGAGUUUGUGGCGUGUGAGCCAACUUUUUAGAUAAUUUGAACAUUAUGGAGCGGUAACAGCAGCUUAGAAGUAGCGUACAGCACCCACCGGUUGUCGGUUACAUAUCCCGCCCGCAAUGAUGUCAGCUAACCGGACCUUACACUUCUUUUCUUGGCUUCAACGCCACUUUAACACCCGGACUGCUCACAUCACCACAGGCGGCUGCAGAGUGGUUUCUGGCUCUAGGUUGGUGCUCCAGCACCCUCAUCCUGCUUUUUCGGUUUGCUGUAGAUAUGUCUCUUCUAACAGCAAGGGGCCGGACACCUCGCUGUUUGUUCCAGUCUCCCUGAAGACCGACAUCCCGGCUGAUGGGGCUGUGGGAGCAGAGCUGACGCAGCCUCUGGACAAAAAUGAGCUGCUCAAAGUCUUGAACAAGUUUUACAAAAGAAAAGAGAUGCAGAAGUUGGCCGCAGACCAGGGUCUGGAUGCUCGUCUCUUCCACCAAGCCUUCAUCAGUUUUAGGAAAUAUGUUCUGGAAAUGACGUCUCUCCCUGCUGACUUGCACAUCAUUCUCAAUGACAUCUGCUGCAAUGCAGGUCAUAUUGAUGACAUCUACCCAUAUUUCAUGCGUCAUGCCAAACAAAUAUUUCCCAUGCUGGACUGCAUGGAUGACCUAAGAAAGAUCUCUGACCUCAGAGUCCCUGCAAACUGGUACCCUGAGGCCCGAGCCAUCCAGAGGAAGGUGGUCUUUCACGCUGGACCCACCAACAGUGGGAAGACUUACCAUGCCAUCCAGCGCUACCUGGCUGCUAAGUCUGGGGUCUACUGUGGUCCUCUGAAACUUCUCGCUCACGAGAUCUUUGAGAAGAGCAACAGUGCUGGUGUACCAUGUGACCUGGUGACCGGAGAGGAGAGGACCUUUGUAGAACCAGAGGGUCGAGCAGCCGGCCAUGUGGCAUGCACUAUUGAGAUGUGCAGCGUCAACACCCCCUAUGAGGUGGCUGUGAUCGAUGAAAUUCAGAUGAUCAGAGAUCCUUCCAGAGGCUGGGCCUGGACCAGAGCUCUACUGGGGCUGUGUGCUGAGGAGAUCCAUGUGUGCGGAGAAGCCGCAGCUGUGGACUUCAUCAGGGAGCUGAUGUACACCACCGGAGAGGAGGUGGAGGUCCACACCUACCAACGCUUAACCCCGUUCUCCAUCCUGGAUCAGGCUGUGGAGUCUUUGGACAACCUGAGACCAGGAGAUUGUAUCGUGUGCUUUAGUAAAAACGACAUCUACUCUUUAAGCAGACAGAUUGAGGCUAGAGGACAAGAAUGUGCUGUGAUUUAUGGCAGUUUACCUCCAGGCACCAAACUGUCGCAGGCCAAGAAGUUCAAUGAUCCCAGUGAUCCGUGUAAGAUCCUGGUCGCUACAGAUGCCAUCGGCAUGGGUCUCAACCUGAGUAUAAAACGCAUCAUCUUUAACUCUCUGGUAAAGCCCAAUAUCAAUGUGAAAGGAGAGAAACAGAUGGAGACCAUCAGCACCUCGCAGGCCCUGCAGAUUGCAGGUCGUGCAGGAAGAUUUUCCUCCAAAUUUAAGGAGGGAGAGGUCACCACCAUGCACAGAGACGACCUGCCUGUCCUGAAGGAAAUCCUCAGCCAUUCUGUUGAUCCUAUAGAGACUGCAGGCCUCCAUCCAACCGCAGAACAGAUAGAAAUGUUUGCUUAUCACCUCCCUGAUGCUACACUCUCCAACCUUGUAGACAUAUUUGUUAGCCUCUCCCAGGUGGACGGUAUGUACUUUGUGUGCAACAUUGAUGACUUCAAGUUUCUGGCUGACAUGAUUCAACAUAUUCCACUAAACCUGAGGUCACGCUACGUCUUUUGUACGGCUCCAAUUAACAAAAAGCAGCCUUUUGUCUGCACGUCCUUCCUGAAGUUUGCUCGUCAGUUCAGUCGGGACGAGCCCCUGACCUUUGACUGGGUCUGCCGUCACAUCAGCUGGCCUCUGGCUGCACCCAAAAACAUCAAAGACCUGGUUCAUCUAGAAGCUGUGCAUGAUGUUCUGGAUCUAUACCUCUGGUUAAGCUACCGUUUCAUGGAUAUGUUUCCAGACACUGCUCUGAUCCGAGGGAUCCAGCGGGAACUCGACGACAUCAUCCAGCAGGGCGUCCGAAACAUCACCCGCCUGAUCCGAGCCACUGACCCAAACAUUACCGACCCGCUGCAGCCAAAACGCAACACUUCUGAGCAAACUGAAGCUGGAACUGCCAGCGGGAUGCUCCCGAACAGAAGCAGAGGUCAGAGAAGCUCUGUGGAGAUGAUGGAGAAAUCUCUAGCUAGCCGACUCGUGAGAGAUGGACUGUUGACUCCUGACCUGCUGAAGCAGCUGCAGAGGGAGUGGUCCAAGAGCCAAAGGCAGGAAGGUGGCAGCCAGAGUGCCCUCAGCACAGAGAUCAAUAAGAACAGUGCCAAAGGAAAAAGGAAAAAGAAGAAAUAAAUAAAUACUCAGAACUGGUGCAAGUCACAAAUCCUUAAAAUGUUGCAGAAUUCAGGAAUACAUCUCUGCUGGUGGCUCAUUUAAAGAGGACAAGGCUUCUACACAUCCUGGGAAAAUGCGGGAAUGUAUUUCAGAAUUUUCCAUGAAGAAUUCUGUUCCUUCCUUCCCAAGAAUCUCAUAUAUCAAAACUGACAAGAAUGACCAAGAAAGAUUUGGAAAACUUUCUCUUGAAUUCAUACAUUAAAAACACAGGAAUCCUGAACUUUUUUCUUUUCCUGCAGAGCUGAGUACAGGUAGACACAACAGAAGUGUUUAAUUCAGGACAUUUGGCUGGGAACGAGAGUCAGGCAACUUAAUGGGCUGUUGAAUAUUUUCACACUUAUUUUGCUCAACUUCAACUGCUAAUGGUGAAACUGGAAUAGAAAAUGCUUCUGUGCAGGAUUCCCUCAACUUCUUAGUUAGUUUUGCAAACUAAAUAAAACGCAUAGAAAAGGCCCAUUAGCUACCCACAAACCUCUCUGUUUUAACUGUGGGUCUAGUUGGAAAGCAAAAGUGAAGAUUGGAAAAUUGUGGCAUAAUAGCUGUUCUAUAGCAGAAAACAUUUCAAUUACAUUUAAUAUGUAGGUUUUUUUUUCUUCAUCACUACAGAAAAGUUUGAUAUGUUAUAGUGAUGCAAUGAGGAGUCUCUGGUUCUUGUUUGUGAUCCACACACAAGGAAGGUGAAACUCUGUAUUUAUCAUGUCUGUAUAUAAGCAGAUAUUUGGCAAUAAAAUAUU